CGCUCUUUGGCCUUUCGCUUCCCAUUACCAUCAUCUAACGCGGUCUUUCCAUCAACCGCCUCAUCGCGAGCAACGGUAUUGUGCACGGCUGCUUAAGUACUUCCUCACUGCUUUUACUCUUCCUCCAGCAUCUGUCUCCCGCUCUUUCACGCGCGUUGCUAAUCCCGCAGGUGCUUGCGCGGCGUCGCGAGACGCGCCAUGUGCCACUGAGUCCCGGCCAGCAUGGAUUCGAAGGAGGUACACGUGACUGGACUCGGCCAUAGCAUGGAGGACAUCCACAGUACUCCUACCAGCGACGACCCGGAUUUCUACGACGAUGAGGAUGCGCCGGCCCAUCACGAGAGCGCGGUAGUGCCGCUUAGCGAGGAGGAGUCCGUGAUGGCCCGUCCCCAGGAACCGUCUACCGGGUCGCUGCUUGCUACUGCCAUUGUGUCUGAUGUGCCGCAACCUGAAAUGGUUGCACAUGUAGCGGGCGUCAAUGGCACCGCUGACAUGGAUGGUGCAGAUUCCUCCUCGGAGAUGGAUGUGUCAGCUCCGAGCACAGCUCCCAGCAGAGCUCCCUCGCUGAGCGCAGACGUCCAAGAGCCAUCGACCAACCGUACCAAGCGUAAACUGAGUGCCGUCGGUGGCGAUCAAAACAUGCCGGGGGCAGGAUUCGAAACUAGCGCCAAAAAGGUCAAGGUGUUUGAGUCUUUGGAUAUCCCGGCUGUGCCAUCUCCGCCUGCCCGGCGGUGGCCUCCAGAGAUGUGGCAACAGGUCUUCCUUCGGUUAUCUCCUGCGGAGCUGGGGCGUUGCUUAAGGGUCUCCAAGGAGUUCAACCGGAUACUAACCCAGAUAAAGCCGCAACCUGCAGCCAGGAAGGGUAUGAAGAAGCUCCUUGCCAAUGACAGUGAAACCAUCUGGACCGAAGCUCGGAAGAAUGCCUAUCCUAACAUGCCUAGGCCGCUGUUCGGUCAGCCAGAGCUCUGGAUGUUUCAACUGCUUGGCAAUCGCGUCUGCAUGUUUUGCAGGAAGGAACCCGUCCCAGCACCUUCUUCCACACCCUUCAACACUGGACCUGGCAUGGAUGGAGUGCGUAUCAUCUGGCCUUUCGGUAUCCGCACCUGCGGUCAAUGCUGGGAACUGGACACGCUCAAGGAUGUUCAAAUCCUCGUUUCGCCUGCCGCAAAGCUCCGCUUUGGCCUUGCCUAUGCAUUCCAAACGCCUGAUCUCCAUUUCGUGCCGGACCUUCAGCGUCAGCAGCCCGGUGCCAUCCCGUCUCACCUUCGUGUCCAAAAAGUAUACUACAAACCAGACAUUGAAGCCAUACAGGCAGAGUAUGACGAAGUCAAAGGGUACGGCGAAGGCACGGCAGACGAGUGGCAGAAAGGCCUGGUAACACGCGGUAAGGAGAAGAUGGCUGAUGCCGCCCGCUGGGAGCGGUGGGAACAGCAACUCCGUUUUGGCACCGACAACGCCCACAUCCUGAGGGAGUAUGAUCUGUCUUCGUUCCCGCGUUAUGCUCAGGCGGUGAAGGGUAAGUCUGCCGCAGUAAGCACCACGCAGCCUGCAUCUAUGACGAACGGAACCUAUGCACUGCCGCAACCCAUGCACCAAGUGCUCCCGAACGGCUAUGGCCCUCCGUUCCAGACCCAUCAUCUGCCCUUCAUGCACGCCCCGAGACCGCCUAGGAACCCGAUGGAAGUCGAGGAAGCCCGCGCUGCCCGGAAAGCCGACAUUGAGCGCAGGUGCCUUCAGCUUGCGCCACCCUUGACACCUAGCGUCCUGCAGCAUAUUGACUCGUUCCAAGCUGCGAUGCAAAUUACCACGCCGAUGAACGACGCCCAAUGGGACAUGCUCAGACCUAGACUACAGGCACAGCGGGAACCUGCCGAGCUCAUCGAGCACCUAAGGGCCGAACAAUUAGCCGCUCUGCAGGCUGCAAUUCCGUCCGCGAACGCAGAUGACAAUUACCUCCGGCCGGCGAAGGAAGUAUAUGAUCGCGAUUACGAGUUGUGGCAGGACCCGCUGCGCAAGCGGCUUGCCCAAUACGCGGAUGAGCUCAUUAACGGUCAGUGGCACGGUGGUAAAGGUCUCGACCAUGACAGCGCUCCAAGCCUUGCCACUCAGGUCAUGCUCCAUGUCCGCAAACGGUAUGUGGAAGAGAAACAAGCGGGCACUCUACCGCCAGUCCCGGAGAAGGAGACCAAGAGCGCUGGCUCUAAGCAGGGGACACCGGCACCGGACCCUUUCCUAUCACUCGAUAACAUGAAGUGGGUUCACGACAACAAGAUUAGGCCGUUGACGGAUCCGCACCGGCGCGAACUGUUCCUAUGCGCGGGAUGUACAAUGGAGAGGAGGCCAAAAUGGUUCGCUUUUGAGGGCCUGAUCCAGCAUUGUGGCGCGAAGCACACCACUGCCUUCAGCAAGGGCAAUAUCGUCGUCCAUUGGCAGACUUCGGAAUGGCCUGAGGAGUCGCCGUUUGUCACCAACCCCGCGCCAUACGUCAAGCUGGACCGGAAGAUGUCCGACGUCACUGUCAGACGUUUACCUCGAGCGCCACAACAGGAUUCUCAAGCCAACGGAGUAUCUGUCAAUCAUGAUUCGGGCAUCAUGCUGUCUGACAACCCUCUUUUCACGCAGUCAGGGCAGAUGUACUCGCCCUCAUCGAACGGUUACCACGGCGCACCGAUGCGCUCGCCGCAUCCGCAACAGAACCAAGGGCAGUACGGUUCGCAGAGGAGCAACCCUAACCACUCUCCAGCAGUGCCCCAGCCUACCGCGAGCAUGGGCUAUGAUGCUCAGCUCAACCAGUUCGCCGCGGAUGCUCGGAACGCCUGGGAUACGCUGGACGGUGUUAAGGAUCUUCAUGAUUGCAUUCGGGUUCACAGCAUGAUCCACCACGCCGUUGUCCGCUUCACGGAGCGUUUUCAGCAGAGACCGAAGGUCGACAUGCUGACAGACUCCCUGGCUACGCACACUGCCAUGCGUCCGAUUAAGAAUGCACACGGCUUGGCUUGUAAGAUAUGCGUCGGUGCGCAAACCGAUGGAUCAGCCAACAGCCAGUCAUAUUUCGCUCGGAUCAAAAAUGUCAAGCUGUAUAAUCUCUCGGCGUUGGUCACUCAUUUCAAAAUUAUCCACCAACCACGACAGCAGGCCACACAUGUCGAUUGGACGAGGGAUAUGGUGGAGCUGCCAGAUAUGCAGCUCGUGGGUGACUUGGUACGCACGCCAGGCAUGGACGAUGACAAGCUUGCUAUCAUCGCGGCAGCGUUCCCUACGGCUUAUGCGGACCCGCUCCCGAAGAUCGGCCAGGUGAAGGAGGCUCUGCCAGACGUGGGACCUGACAGCGGGCUUGCUAGCAGACUUCUGCAGCGCUUGGAGAAGAAAGGCAAGCAAGGGGCCAAGAAGAAGGCUCAGCAUGGUAAUGGCACUCCUGGGCGUGAAGGUUCGCAAGACCUGCCGGAACCAGGAGAGGAUGAGUAUGACCCGCGGAAGCCGAUGGUGGCGCAAACCAAGGAGCAGGCUGCCGAUCCGGCGCGCUUCGAUACGGAUAUCGCACGAAAGCCGUCUGCGCCGGCAGCGAGUGUCACGAAUGGGACGCCGUUCUCGCUUGCACCGGAGACGCUGGCAGCGUUGACUGGCUUGAGCGCAAUCUUGCCGCAGACUGCGCAGCCAGCGCCAGCAAUGCCGGAGAUAUCGGAGAGGAGUCCAUCUGUGGGAAGAGUAGAACCGACGCAAACACCCGACAUCUCUGCUAUACUGGCUUCAUUGACGGGCGUUCUGACUCCAGCGCGGCCUGCGACGACGUCAACUGCGCCCACGAGGCAAGUGGCAAGCGCGCCAAGAGCACACCACGGUCAUCCACAAGCCCAGGCUGAGCAACGAACGCAUGUCUAUCGACCGGAGAGUAGACGCGCGAGCGGAAGAUACGUCCCAGAGACUGCUCCACGUGCGUCCGUCUCUCCACCGCGCUCAGCACAUCACGACUUACAGGCUACACUUGCUCGUAACACUAGCCAAUAUCAGCAGAACCAAAAGCUGCAGGCUUACACCGCAGCUCCGAGUCAGUCGUAUCAUCAACCUCAGCGAUCACCACCUCGCUAUCGGGUCAUGUAUGAAGAUGAGCAUGCCUAUGGGCAGCCACGCCAGCAGCCAAAAGCCCCUGCCUAUUGCGAAGCGCCCGUACAGUAUGUCCAGCUGCCCGAGCAUCAGCCUCCGUCGCAGUAUGUACAGUACGGUUACGAGCGCCCGGCACCAUCGAAGCCGGUCUAUGUGGAUCAAUACGGGAGGCCGCUCGAGCUGAUACCCAUCGAUGCCGCUCCGGCGCCGGUACAGUACGCGCCUCAUCCGUAUGACCAGCAGCAACAGCAGGCACAGCAGCAGUACGGUCAUCGGCCGGAGCCUGCUAAACUCCCAUAUGGCCAGCCGCAGAGCGCGGGCAUGCAGUAUCAGCCUGCUUAUCCUGCUGAUGGGAGGGCUAUGUACUAUGGGCAGGCUUCUCCGACGGCUGCUACCCCGGGUGGCCAUGCUUUGCGGUAUGUAUACGAUGAUGGAGCUCGGUCGUCUGUGCCCAGAUCGUAGGGUAUGGUUGCGUGGCGUCAACUUGUACGAGUAGUUUCAGGGAGUUCCUGGGCCUUUGAUAACAUAAUAACAAGAAAGGGGGGCUCGAGAAAGCGUCGGCUUUCACCAUGCCACUUUUUGAAGGCCGUUAUAGCAGCUUCAGAAUGUAUUGCACAACGCUACAGCUCUGCUUCGACCAUAUGUCACAAUGCGCCUUGUAGUAUAGGCCAGCUCAGAACUCUACCACCGACAUACACCUGAUCUCGUUCCGAUCGAGUUUCUCCCUACGGUAUGCAAUACAUUAAUGCGGAUGUCGGUGAUUGGCCGCCAAAUACCAGCAGGCUGUGUAUACGUACAGUGAGCUCAACCGUCACCAACGGUGUGGUCAUUGGCACCCU